GCCAGUUCCUACCCGUAGCAACGAGUAACCAUACUCAUUGUGCCGUAGUGCUGCCUUUGGCCUGUCAUUGGCCAACAAACACAGUGUCUGUCAGUUACUCUACUUAUUGGCGGAAAAACAGGAUAAUGUCACCAUGUCAUGAAGAGAGAAGCAUCAUGCGCACGCUCAACAAAAAUUAAAAUAGCUGCCGUACUCCUCCUGGACCACUCUGGGUCAUGUGCUCGGUGCUCGCCUGUAUGUGUGCAAGGGAUUACAUAUAUCCAUAAGGUAAUUGACACCGCCAGGCUACAAUGAACGGGAAAGAAGCAUAAUGCAGCCAUGCCUGUGUGUGGGCACUGGAAGGCAGCCAUGACGUCCCUGCAGCAGGUGAAUGAGGCACUGGGGCGAGUGGUAACAUUCCUGACCCCACUGAUGCCCCUCAUUGGAUGCCAUAUGGUGGAUUUCCUGACGCUGAGGCACUGGGACAACCUCCUUCCCCCUCAGAUACAGCAUGACCUCCUUAGUCUUCCUGCAAAUGUUCUCCACCAGCUGCCCUCCGCUACCCUGCCUCACUCUCAUGAGCAUGGUGAGGCAGGCAGCAGCGAACCAUGGAGUGUGUCUUCCAGUGACCUGCCCACCUUUAUGUCACAAGUGCGCAGACAUUGUCCAGCUGCCCUUGGGGUGACAACUCCCGUUGAACAGAUCCUGGACCAGUAUGGGUCUGCAGAGAUCAGUGUUCUACCCAUGAAGGGGAUUAUGUCUCACAAGAAGACCCAUGAGGUGGAGGUCAUGGCUCAGGUCAUUGCCCGCCUGGCAGAGGGGCAGGGUGUGAACUGGCUGGUUGACCUUGGCAGUGGUCGGGGCUACUUGACGUCCUCGCUGGUGCUGCAGUAUGGCCGGCAGGUUGUGGCAAUAGACUCCAGCAGCUCCAACACCUCCUCGGCCCUUGUUCGGAACACAAAGCUCAAGAGGCUGUGGGACAACAUGCUGCAGACCCGCCAGCACCGGGCCCAGGGGCACCCUGUCAAGAAGGGCAAGAGCCGUAGGAAGAAGCUCGUCGCCCAGGAGCAGCAGCAGCAGCAGGAGGAGGAGGAGGAGGAGGAUGAGGAACAGGAGAGGAAGUUGCGAGAUACAAGAGAUCAGGACGUUGGAGAAAAUGAAGGAAUCCUUCCAGCCAACCCAAACGGCUGUUUCUGUGGGGUGACCAAGUUCAUCACAGACAACACAGAUCUGCUGGAGCUGGUCAGAGCUGCCGCUGACUCAGUAUCAGAAAAAUUUAUUUCUGGAAACAGAAAACUGGUUGAAGAUAUUGAAGAAGCAUCUAAUGUUAGACCUUGUCAGACCUGCACCACCACCACCACCACCACCACCACCACUACUACUACUCCAGCAUGCAUGGAAGACUCACUGCUGGCAGACACAACUUUCCUUGUGAAUGAGGCCUCUCUGCUGGGUCUGAUUGGCCUGCACACUUGUGGUAACCUGGCCUCCAGCAGUCUCAGGCUAUUUGUAGCAAAUCCCAGAGUUCAUUUCCUGUGCAAUGUUGGGUGCUGCUACCACUUGCUGGAAGAAGAGUUUUCAAGGAAUACAUACAACCAGAGAAAAGCACCUAAUGGGGAUGGAGCACCUCAGACAAUAGUACCAGUCUGUGAAGAAAAGUGUGAAGGAAAACACACUGGAGUGGAGCAUAUUCCGAGCAAGCAGGAAUAUAGUGCCUUGCUGUCUUCUACAAGCCUUGGUGAGCGAGAGAUGCACUCCUCUCACGCCAUCAGGGAGUCUGCCGUCCCUCCCACCACUGAGAGGGAAGAACACUGGCUUCAUGAACAGUCCAGCAGAGAAGAGCAACAGCAGGAGCCUCCAGUGACAGGGACAGCCAGCAGAGGGAGUCAGGGUGAGGGUGACAUAGACCCUCUCCACCCAUCCAGGAUCCCUAACCUAGGCCAGGGGUUUCCUCUCAGUUCCUUCCUGAGAGGGAGGCAGUUCUCCCUUGGAAGAAACUCCCGGAUGCUGUCCUCACAGGCUACCGACCGUCUCACUCAGGGAAACCUAGGUGGACCAGAUUCCCUGUACUGGCGGGCACUGCUGCAAGUGGUGUUGGUGGACAAGCUAGGGGAUGUCUCGGAGUUGUCACAUGUUGGCCGCCUCUCAGGAAAGUGCCAGACCUUCACUGAGUAUGCAGUGAUGGCCAUGGCGAGGCUUGGAGUGUCUGUCAAUGUGACGAAGGAAGAGCUGGAGGAGUAUGACAAGAAGUAUAGGAGCACCAGGGACAAACUGGAGCGAUUCUUCCUGUUACGGGCGUCAAUGGCAGCAGUGGUGGAGGGUGCCAUGUUGCUGGACCGCUUGGCUUUCCUCUGUGAGCAGGAGGAUGUGUCGGCCUACUUGGUUCCCUUAUUUGAUCCUGUCACCUCCCCCCGGUGCCACGCUCUCCUGGCUGUGAGGGGCACUUCUUCACCCAGGCACUGAUGAGUUGAGUAGAGGACGACACACUCUCCAGAUCUGCUUUAUUCCCUCCCUCAUGCCUCACUGCUUUUCCUUUCACAAUGGCUGAGGAAGGAAAAGAGUAACUUGAGUUUUAUUUAUUUAUUGUAUCUUUGGGAGACUGGCAAAAGUUUAGCAGGAUCUGAAAGAAAGUAAAGAAAGGUAACUAUAUUGUUUUAUUUUGAAUUUAUUGUAGGUAUUUUAAAAGUGAAGUUCAUUUUAGGUUUAAAGUGGUUUUGUAUUAAGAAAGAGUGAAGCUACUGGUAACUUCACCUUGAAAUGUCUGGAUGGACCUGAAUACUUAGAAUUAGUAAAAAUAUGAAAAGAAAAAACUUAUUCUUGUAAUUUUUGGAAUGUUUUGAGAAGUUGUGUUUUUGUGUUGGUGAGAUUAGGUCUUUAUGUUGCAAGCAGAGUGUAUCUCGAGGCUGGAAGGUAAAGACUCAGUCUCAGCCAUGACUUUAAACUAAUGCAAGUUAAUUGAUUUGUUCUUGAAUUGUCAGCUUCCCUACCCCCUCCCAGUGACAGGGAGUGUGGCUUCACAUUCUUCAUCUAGAUAGGAAGAAUAUUGCCACUGUGUUUAGUAAGUCAUAAAAGAACAGGAAAACUCAGGAUUUCCGUAUAUAUAUUGCUACACUAAGUUAAUCACCCUUUAUUAGGAAUUUGAAGUUAGGAUGUAAAUAAGUAGUAGAUAUUGUGUAAACCACAGAAUGUCUAUAUGAUAACAGUUGACACUUGAGUCUGUUAAUGGCAUCUAAAAAUAUGGAAGGAAAAGUAAAACUUUGUUAAGUCCCACCAUCUUAUUGAAUAAAAAGGAAGUAUUGUUA